AUGGGAAGUCUUGCUAACCUGCGGGAUUGGAGACGAAUGCUUGGCGGACAGACAAUCGUAAAUACGGACACCACACCCGUCUUGGACCCCCUGAGGACUAUGCACCUCCAUCCGCCGUACUACGGGGCUCAGGCGAUAGAGCACAUGUCCACGGUCACAGCGGUGCAUGCACACGAACGCAGUGCGCUUCUUGCGCGAACCCGCGAGAAAGAGCUCGAGUUACAGAGCAUGUACGCUCUCCUCAAUGCCGGGGUUCCCAUCAACCAACUCCCCAUCGAGCUGCUUGUCGAGAUCUUCGUUCACAUCCAGGGGAUAGAUAGCCCGGGUGACUUUGACUGGACCAAUAUUCUCCGCGUCUGCAGGCACUGGUUCGUCGUUGGUUCGACGGCGGGAAAGCUCUGGAAAAACCUCAUAGUCGUGAGAAGCACGAACCUGUUACGCACCGGUCUAGCGCGCUCGAGAAACGCAGAGGUCACCAUAGAUAUGAUGGGUCUUUCCACCCACCCCCUCCCAGAUGCCGCGCCCCUUCUUGCGCCCCACCUACACCGCCUACGUGGUCUCAGGCUCUAUAAAGUUCCAUCCAAGAUCGUACCGGCUCUCAUCAAGUUCAUGGACGGUGUCAUGCCCGCGCUGCGUCACUUCUUUGUCUAUAUCGAUCCCCAGGCUGAUGAGCUUGUACUCGAUUUCCCUCCCCGACGCUUCCCUCGGCUGGAGGAGCUCAUGGUCUCGCGCGUUUACAUCUUCAGCGAUCUCUCCAGCUUCCCGCAGCUGCGGGUCCUCCACUUCACAGGUUGCUUUCGCAGCACGCCCACCCUGAAAACCUCGACCUUUUUGGACGCUUUGCGCCGCUUGGAGAAGGUGGAGGAGCUUAUCCUGUAUAAUGUGCGGGUCUGCGACCUCGGCAACGCAUCGCCCUUUGCGGGAAUGGACAGUGUGGUGUUGAGCAAACUGCAGAAGCUCGUCGUCACUAACACGGAAGGGCCACUCAUCAAACAGUUGCUCUCCGCGAUUACGAUUCCCUCCGAUGCCACCGUAUCUUUGAGCGCCCCGUUUCAGGGCGAAACACUCGCGGGGAACACCGGGAACAUCAACGCGUUUCUUCCUGAGGACAGGCGCUUUCUACCCGUGCUCACCACCAUCGUCGAGGCGCACAUCGUCAUGUACUCUGGCAUCCACUCCAUUGAAGGGUAUAUAACCACUGGGCCGAGGUCGAUCGACACGGCCCCUCUAAACCUUACGCUCGAGAUUUCCGACGACGGCUUGGGCGGCGACUUGAACGUCGGCCCCGAGGAUAUCAUUGAUGUCUUCCGCGACUCGACGUUGGAGAGCAUCACCCUCGAGAUCAGCUCCGCAAUCGCCUCGCAGGUGGACUGGCAAGAUUUCUUCGCGACGAACCCAACCCUGCGCAUCCUGGAUCUCAGUGUUAUGGAAGACGAUCUCCCUUUCCUCAUGAAGGAGAUCUUCUCUGUCCUGGACCCUGGUAGUACGGCGGCAUCCUCAACUCGCAGCGCGGGGGAGGACGCAGGCUCCGGCGGAGGGGAGGACGCAGGUUCCAGCGCGGACAGGGUUCUCUGUCCGAACUUGCGGUCCUUGCGCCUGUACGGGAUGGAGGCGACAUCAGCCACGUUUUUGGACACCGCGGCGACAUGCUUGGAGAACCGCCGUCAGAAGCUGGGGAAGCCGGGCGAGCACGCUCUGGACGACCUCAGGCUCGCGUUGGGCCUAGCGGAUCACCUCGAUGAAGUGACCUUCGAGCAAGAACGGCUGGCUUUCUCGGAGCGGUUGGCGCCGCUUGUCGGAGCCCUGGAUUUUCAGGCCGGGGAUUUUUGGUAGGUUCGUCGAGAGGAUGUUGUAUUGUAUGCUAUAAUGUAAGUACUUCAAUAUUCAAUUUGGCAUAUCUGCGACUGCUUAAUUUAUGCUACACCGU